UUUCAGCUGACCGCUAUAUUGAUCAAGUUAGAUUUUAUAAGGACGCACGUUGAUAAGAUCUUUCGUAUUUGCUAGUUCCGCGAAAAGUUUUUUGCUAUUAUAACAUUUGUUGUGACAGAUUUUGGCAAUAAGUUCUUUCAUUCGGUCACCGUCGUAAUUGUUCGCCUAUGACGUCAUUUGUGCAUUACACAAGCGUCAUCGCUUAGUCUGUUUUGUGGAAAAUUUUUAUAGGAUUCGUGGUGUGCGGAAUAGAAUCGAGUCGUCUAUAUUAUCUUUUUUGUUGUGUUUUUUUUUUUGGUUAAACACAGGUGCAAAAGUAAUUUCGUACUGUGCGCAUAUUUUUUCUCCUACCUGUGAAAGUUACGCGACAGUGUUUUCACUCGCGGCCAAGUCACUUUCGGUGUUAAGCAAAGUAACACAGAGUGUUAUUUAUCUCCCAUCAUACAUCAUUGCACCAAAUCUGUAUUUAUUAUGGAGCGACAGUAACAUAUUUUUGUAAGCACAUUGUUAAAUUUUCCAAGUAAAAUAUAUAAAAAAAAAAGGUGCUACAAGUUUAUAUCAAGAUGUCCAUGCAACAAUUCUGCUUGCGAUGGAAUAAUCAUCAACCAAAUUUCAUUUCUGUGUUCUCAAAUUUAUUAAAUAAUGAAACAUUAGUGGAUGUUACAUUAGCUGCUGAAGGCAGACAUCUUCAAGCACAUAAAGUUGUACUAUCAGCAUGUAGUACAUAUUUCCAAUCGUUAUUCACAGUUAAUCCAUGCCAACAUCCGAUUGUUAUACUAAAAGAUGUUAAAUUCUCUGAUCUCAAAAUCAUGGUAGAUUUUAUGUAUUAUGGAGAAGUUAAUAUUUCUCAAGAUCAAUUACCAUCUAUUAUUAAAACAGCAGAAAGUUUGAAGAUAAAAGGUCUUGCAGAAAUGCAUACAGCUUCAUUAACUAAAUGGCCAAGUAGUAGUAGCGAACAAGGAGCUGCUGAUCGUGGGGAAUCAUGUUCUCCCAGUCCAUCUCCUCUUUCUCCAUCCUUCAGACGAAAGAGAUUGAGAAAAACAUCAACAGGAUCGACAUCUGGAUCUGGAGACAAAACGGAAGAAAUUAAUGAGAUUACAUUGGUUGCUACUAACAUUGUAAAACCUGAACCAUUGAUUGUAUCACAAGAAAGUGGGGAAAAUGUAAGGAGACCGGUGAACACUAGUACAGAGUCACAAGGAAGUAUCGAUGAAGAUCAAAUAUCAAUAAUGAGUAAUAUGGAAAGUAGUUCUACAACAAUGCCGGCACAAAGUGAUACUACAAUACAAAAUGUGAAUCAACCAUCGAGUGGAAAUGUAGCACAAAGUUCUGUUUCUUCUCAACCACCGGCACAUCAAGCUUUUCAAUACAAAUUGGCUGGAUCAAAGAGAGGUCGUUUAUUGAUGCGUCAACCAAGAGUUAAGAAGGAACCAUCUCAUUUGUCACCGGACAACGAUCCAAAUUCACCUCACAUCGUUUCCUCGUCAAUUCAUCUGACAGCACAAACAUUGAAUGUUCCUCAAUUGUCACGUACCUGGGAAGAAUCAAGGAGUUCACCGCCACCUUCGAUUUUGGUCACACAAUCGAAUCUUUUAACAGUUACGACACCGACAAAUCUAUUAAGCGUUCCCCAACCGUCCUAUUUGACGAAACAACAUUCUCAUCCACUUUUGUCGAGUCAACAGUCAAGUACCAGUGGCAAUUAUUUGAUACAAAGGCAACAUUCGAAUCCUGAAUUUCCCGGAAGGACUACGAGUCCAUCGAUAGUAGUAGAGCCAGCACCGAUUGUUAAAACGGAAGAUGAUGUCAAAGAUGUUAACGUUACCGAGGAACCUAUACCUAGUACGACGAAUGCUGGAAGUAGUAGUAGUAAUAGUAAUAGUGGUGGUAACAAUACAAGUGGCAACAAUACUCAAUCUGGUGGAUUAAGGAUCAAGACAACUGAACUUAGGCGGAGUUCCUCUUCGCCACAGACGACCAGUAGAGAAUCCAGAGAAGGUACAGGCGGAGAUCUACGAUUAGGUCAUUGUCCAGUAUUACGUCCUGGUCCAGCUUUAGGUUGCAAUCAUUGCUGGAAUACUAUGGAUGCUCAUAGAAGAAUCCUAAGAAGGAAAACCAAGUACCAUUGUCCAGAAUGUCAAAUCAAUUUAUGCAUCGUACCAUGUUUUCAGGAAUUUCACGAACAACGUCGUGAAUUGAUAUCGAAAUUGAAACCCUUACCAAAAACUAGCUCCGUUUAAUAUAACACCCUUUUCUUUUUCUUCUUUUUUUUUUGUUCGUUUUUUUUCUCUCUUUUCUUCUGUUUUCUUUUUUUUUCUUUUUUCUUUCUUUCUUUCUUUUUCUUUUUUUUUUUUUCUCCUUUAAUUUAUUUUAUUCCCGUAGGAUAAACUCGGCUGAUUUUAUUGCUACGUGUAUUAUAUGUACGUAUGUAUGCGUUUAAGCGCACGCUUUAAAUUUAAAAUCGCGUCGAACGUGAAAAAGUCGUGAGAAAAUUGUAUCAAUUCGAAGGAAACCUUUUUUCUACGACGAAAAUAAUUAUCUUUCGGCUCUAUAUCGGAAGUAACAUUUAAUAAAAUUAAUAAAGAUGAAAGAAUAAAUAAAUAAGUAGUAAUAAUAAUAAUGAUAAUGAUAAUAAUAAUAAUAUUAUUAAUAAUAAUAAUAAUAAUAAUAAUAAUAAUAUUAAUAAUAUUAAUAAUAAUAAUAAUAAUAAUCGUCCUCGUUACACAGGGAGCUAGUCAUAUUUUAAAUAAAUUUUGAAAGUCGAUAAAAAAAUUUGUAUUACAUCAUCGUACAUGUAUAUAUAUAUAUAUAUAUAUAUAUAUAUAUAUGCAUAAACGAAUUCGAACAGUGUAUUUUUUAUUUCAUAUAUAUAUAAAUCGUUGAAAUUUAUAUAUGGUCAAAAGAAAACAAGAUGGAUACACAUACACACGUAAAUACACAAUCAACCAAAAUUGUUAUUAACAAAAGUUCCUAGAUACAUCGUUAAUGUGGGUGAUCAUUUUAGAUAUUAGAGUAUUAACUUAGACAUUUUCUUUUCUUCUUUUUUUUUUUUUUUUUUUUUUUUUGCGAAAUUA